GUGAUCUCUUCAAGCAGCUCCUUGCUCUUAUAUUCCAGGAUGUGAAUAUCUGGGGAAGGCAUCACCUGUUUCAUGCUAGCCAGGAUAUAUGAUUUUUUUUUAAAAGACUGCAAAGUGUGGAUCUGCUGCUAGACACUUAAAGAUGAAUUCCAGCAACUGCAGCAACUGUACCAGGGUACACGAUCUGGUCUUUGCCAGUAGCUACUCACUAAUCUUUACGAUAGGCCUCCUGCUGAACUCUACAGCUCUGUACAUUUUUAUCUUCGGAGAUGUUGUUCGCUCCGUCACCACCAUCUACAUGAAGAAUCUAGCAGUCUGCGAUCUUCUGCUGUUGGCAUCAAUGCCUCUGAGGAUAUACUACUAUGGCUGGCAACCUAAGCUAUCUCAAACCACAUGUGAAGUGGCAGGCCUGCUACUCUUGGUUAAUAUGUAUGGCAGCAUCUUCCUUCUGACUUGCAUCAGCUCAGACCGCUGGAUGGCUGUGCGCUUUCCACUCAGCUCCUGGGCACAAGCCAUACGUCGACAAGCCAAGUACAUCUGUGUGGGUAUAUGGACCUUGAGUAUUGGGGGAGCCAUUCCCACAUACUUGGCUGCCAAGAAUGCUACAAAUCACAGCAGCACUCUCUGCUUUGAUGAAAAUCCUCACUAUAUCACAAAUGCUGGUGUUUCCAGUACUAUGGUGCUAUGCUAUGCCAUUACAUUGGUUGUCACUGUAACUUCCUCUUUUAAUUUGCUGCAUGUUUUCCACCGGAGUGUAAGUGUGGAGAUGGAACUGAUCAAUAUAUCCAAGAUCAGGUUAAUGGUAGUGACGAAUGUGGUCAUCUUUCUGGGUUGCUUCUUGCCCUACCAUUUGACAGUACUUUGCUUUCUUGUACGAGGGUUGAAUGAAACAACCAAACAGGUGUACAGAUAUGUCCUGCUCUUAUCUUGUGUGAAUGCUGCCCUAGAUCCUCUGGCCUAUUAUUUUACCACUGAGACCUUCCAACAACAAGUACCCCUAGAACCUUUUCUAAGGAGCCGGGCUUCACAUUGUGACUACGCAGAAGAAAUAAUGCUGUCUGGCCAGCCCUUGGAAACACAAUCUCCCUCUGCAUCUUGAACAAGGAAGAGGCCACUGCAACAGGACAGCUUUUCCACCCCAGCAUUUGCCCUUUUACAGUAAUAUGGUAUAACUGCCUCUCUCAGAUAAGAAUUCCAGGACAGCAUACAGAUUCAACAGACAGGUGAAGUUCGCUAUUUCCUUGGGAAAUUAUAAAGUCUCCAGUUCGCUCUGGGAAGUCCAUUGGAGUUGGGCAGUCAAUAAGUUUAAAUGAAAUGAAUGAACAAACCUGGCAAAAGCUUCUCAAACACUUGACUAUGGCAUAAGUAGAUAAGGAUCCCUGUUUCAGACUUGAAUGAAGCCACUUCAAGUAAUUGUUUGUCCUUAGAAGGACAUGGUGUUCAGAUUUGAAGCAAAAUAGUGUACUGAAUCUUCACAGGCAACCUCUUUCCCCUGGCUGAUUCUUAAACAAGCUCUGCCUUUUCCAAGGCUUGCACCCUAGCAUAGAGGUUCCCAACCUUUUGGGCACCAGGGACCGGUUACGUGGUGAGAGGUUUUUCCGUGAACCAGAGGGGGCGUGGUUUUGUGUGCUGCCUGCAUCCCGCAGAUGGGGCUUUGCUUGUUUGUGCGGACCAGUUGCUGGAUGCCGCAGCCUGGUACUGGUCCACCAACCAGGGAUUGGGGACCCCAGAAAGGGCUCAGGAAAAGAUGUAUUUGAGUUAGAGAAGCAUUAAGAUGGUGGUAGAGGCAAUCCUUAACAACCAUAAUUAUGACCUGAAUUUCCAUUGCCUCACAGUUGUUAGUGAGUCACACCCAAUUUUAUGAAUCUUCUUUGCCAUGGCUGUUAAGUUAAUCACUGCAGUUAAGAGAAUCAGGCAGUCAUUAAGUGAAUCCAGCUUCCUGGAUUGACUUUGUCAGAAGCUGGCUUGAAAAGUCACAAAUGGUGAUAUGACCCCACUGCAACCUUUGUAAACACAUGCCAGUUGCCAAGUGCCUGAAUUUUGAUCAUGUGACCAUGGGGAUUCUGCAUUGGUUGUAAGUGUGAGGACUGAUCAUAAGUCACUUUUUUCAGUGCUGUUGUAACUUUGAACAGUCGCUAAAGGAAUGGUUGCAAGUUGAGGAUUAUCUGUAACGCAGUGCAGUGGCCCCCAACCUUUCCAGCUUUGCAGACUGGGAGAGGGAGAGGGGAUGGUUCCGCACAAGUAGCAGGAAAGCAUGUGCACGUGCAGCUCUAUUUGCGCAAGUGGUGAGCACACAUCACUCGCACAAAUAGAGCUUUGCACGUAUGUGUGCUUACCCAUUGCUCGUGCAAGUAGACUGCACACACACAUGGACUUGUCCUCAGCUUCCGCAGCCAGGUCUGAAUGGGCUUCGGCCGGGUACUGGGCUGCAGCCCGGGAGUUGAGGACCCCUGAAACAAUGUGAUCCCAUUUUGCCUUAACUCAAAUUAGCGUUUUCUUUCGUUCAAGUUUUGGAAAAGGCGUGAGUCCUUUAAGGAGCAGCCAACAAAACACAAGUGAAUGCCCAUGCCAGAUCCAAAUAUGACAGUGCAGUUCCCUCUUAGGCUCCAACACAGUUUAUUAAACCCAGCACUACUUUUUCAUGGCUUAAUUGGAGAUCUUGCUAUGCUUUUCUCAAGCUGGGUGCUAGAUGACAGAUGAUUGUUGACAUGAUGAGCAUUCCUAUUCAAGGAAGCUCUAGCUCUUAAUGCAAUUCUCUAGAGCAGGGGUGCCAAAAUGGUGGCCCGAUGGCCAGAUGCGUCACAUGAAGGCCACAUGCGUCACGUGCAGGCCACACCCACCUUGGCUCCACAAAGGCAAAAAACUUUGCGAUAUGUCAUGUGACACAAUUCAAUUUGACACCCGUGCUCUAGAGCAUAUUUAUCAGAGAGGGGGGGAUGUAAAAGAUAUAGCUCAAUUUUCUAGCCAGCAUCUGAGAUGCCCACAGAUGUUCUUGUUUUAGAUACCUGAUUUGUUUCCACUAUCCUGCUGAAUCAUAGCUCAGCAUCUCUUGCAGAGAUUGCCAAAGUGUCAUCUGGCUCUAAUAAUAUUUUCCCCAAAACUGAAUGUUUAUAGAGCAGAGGUCCCCAACCUUUUGAGCACCAGGAACCGGUUCUGUGGAGAGAGAUUUUUCUGCAGACCGGAGGGGGCAUGGUUUUGUGUGCUGCUUGCAUCUCAAGGAUGGGGCUUUGCUUGUUUGUGCGGACCAGUUGCUGCAUGCUGCAGCCUGGUACUGGUUCAUGGACCCGGGGUUAGGGACCCCUGUUAUAGAGGAUAAACUGUCUACCUCUAAUGCAUGGAAGACUGACAAUGCUUGCAAAUAUGGAAUAUGAAAUUACCAGAAAGACUGGCUCAUUUCAGUUUAAAGCAUUAUAAAUGUAAUUCAGUACCAGUACAUGUUUUGACUGAAGUCAUUGGAAUA